AUGGCUCCCGCGUGGAAAGCAGCAGGUCUCACCUACAACAAAUACCUCGAAGUCGCCGCCCGCGUGGUUCGGCGAAGCUUGAAAGAUGACAUUCGAUUGGCAGCCGAGAGGAGAGGACAGACGGAGCUGAGAUUUGCAAAGUGGACCUCCGGCAAACAAGGCGACCUCACCAAUGUCGCGGACGCAAAUGCUGUGGCAAUGGCAGAGGCUGGCACCCCAAAAACAUCAUAA